GUGUAAUAAUCCGUGACCCGUGACGACACCGAGUUGGAUCUAUAGUGCGCAUCACCAACAACGUAAUCCACAUGGCAGGUAAAAGAGUUCCUUCAAAAUCGAAACCCCUGCCCGAAGUUGACAGAAUACGGAGAAAAAGUGACACCAUGAGCGGAACAGAUUCAAGCGAGGGAUCACAUAUCGGAUCAGCGGAUCCGCUGGUAAAGUUGGAUAGGUGUUUAGAUCGGUCUCCUGAUGAGUUGGACAGUUAUACUGGAGCAGGACGAUCUCAACCUGAGCCUGUCGUUAUGUUGCACCGAAUAAAAGAGGAACCUGCGGAAAGUAUCCGUGAAGAUCCAGCGCAUACAUUACACACAUUAAUAACUAAGGUCGAACAUGGAGAACCUACACCGUCACUGGAUGAAGGAAAGGAAGAAGGAGAAGAUAUAGAAGGUACAGAAGGGCGCAUAAGUGAACAUCUACCACAGUCGCCCCACAUAUCUGCUCAAAUCGAAAAUGAAGAACUUUCACUAUUCAUAAAAUCUGAAAACGUGUCAAACAGUCCUCGCGUCACAGAAAGCUUAGUUCCGUUGGUGCCUAAAUUAGAGAGAUUCUGCGCUCCAGACUUGAGGACUCAAUCCGGCAAUUUUGUCAGAACUUCAAACGAUUCCCAACUAAUAAAAUUGCAGAACGUUUCUGUGAGAAUCGAAGAUCUCUUCACUGCAGAAGCUCGUAAGCUGGGAAACGCUCAUACAAACAGUGUCCGUUGUGCCUGUAAAUAUUGUCGCAAAACCAGCGAAAGUGCCCCUGCCGGAAGAUGCCAACCGAAAGAUUCGGAGGAAAAAGGACCAGUCGAACACAACGAGUCAGCUCUCAGUUUUCAGAAUGUUUCCGAAAGAAAAGUUUCGGGGUCCCUGCCGCACGAAAAUUCAAUCAUUUCUGAAUCCGAGAUUGGUUCGGGAGAUUCUGCAGUGGCUUCUAGGGCAAAAAAACUGCCUGUUUGGGGUGAGGCUCCUGCAAAAUCACCUACCUUAACAUCGAACGACGAAAAACGACAAAAAUUUAACGAUGGUUCUACCACAUCGGAAAGAGGUUCCCAGUCAAUACUCAGAACUAACGGUCAUUGUAAAUCUAAAUUAUCUUCUAAAACGAAAGAUACAUCGAAAGGAAAAAUACCAGUGCUUCGUGAUGGACGACCGUUUCGUUGCAAGGAUUGUGAUUUAUCUUUUAAGAGGGAAGCUUAUUUAAAAUCACACAUGUCAGUGCACAGUGAUGAAAAACCGUUCCGUUGCAGUAUUUGUAAUUUAUCUUUUAAGAGGAAAGGUGAUUUAAAAUCACAUAUUCUAACCCACAGUGAGGAAAGACCAUUCCGUUGCAGUAUUUGUAAUUUAUCUUUUAAGAGGAAAGGUGAUUUAAGAUCACAUAUUCUAAUCCACAGUGAGGAAAGACCAUUCCGUUGCAGUGAAUGUAGUUUAUCUUUUAAGAGGGAACCUAAUUUAAGAGCACACGCUCUUAUCCACAGUGACAAAAGAUCGUUCUGUUGCAACGAUUGUAAUUUAUGUUUUAAGAGGAAACAUAGUCUAAGAAUGCAUGUUCUAAUCCACAGUGACAAAAGACCGUUCCGUUGCAGUGAAUGUAUUUCAGCUUUUAAGAGGGAAGAUGAUUUAAAAAAACACAUGUCCGUGCACAGUGAUGAAAAACCGUUCCGUUGCAGUAUUUGUAAUUUAUCUUUUAAGAGGAAAGGUGAUUUAAGAUCACAUAUUCUAAUCCACAGUGAGGAAAGACCAUUCCGUUGCAAUGUUUGUAAUUUGUCUUUUAAGAUGAAAUAUAAUUUAAGAGCACACGCUCUUAUCCACAGUGACAAAAGAUCGUUCUGUUGCAACGAUUGUAAUUUAUGUUUUAAGAGGAAACAUAGUCUAAGAAUGCAUGUUUUAAUCCACAGUGACAAAAGACCGUUCCGUUGCAGUGAAUGUACUUUAACUUUUAAGAGGGAAGAUGAUUUAAAAAAACACAUGUCCGUGCACAGUGAUGAAAAACCGUUCCGUUGCAGUAUUUGUAAUUUAUCUUUUAAGAGGAAAGGUGAUUUAAGAUCACAUAUUCUAAUCCACAGUGAGGAAAGACCAUUCCGUUGCAAUGUUUGUAAUUUGUCUUUUAAGAUGAAAUAUAAUUUAAGAGCACACGCUCUUAUCCACAGUGACAAAAGACCGUUCUGUUGCAACGAUUGUAAUUCAUGUUUUAAGAGGAAACGUGGUUUAAGAAUUCAUGUUCUAAUCCACAGUGACAAAAGACCGUUCCGUUGCAGUGAAUGUACUUUAUCUUUUAAGUGGAAAAAUGAUUUAAAAAAACACAUGUCUGUGCACAGUGAUGAAAAAGCGGUCCGUUGCAAUGUCUGUAAUUUGUCUUUUAAGAGGAAAGGUAUUUUAAAAUCACACAUGUUAGUGCACAGUGAUGGAAAACCGUUCCGUUGCAAUGUUUGUAAUUUGUCUUUUAAGAGGAAAGAUAAUUUAAGAGCACACGCUCUUAUCCACAGUGACAAAAGACCGUUCUGUUGCAACGAUUGUAAUUCAUGUUUUAAGAGGAAACAUGAUUUAAGAUCACAUGUUCUAAUCCACAGUGACAAAAGACCGUUCCGUUGCAGUGAAUGUACUUUAUCUUUUAAGUGGAAAAAUGAUUUAAAAAAACACAUGUCUGUGCACAGUGAUGAAAAAUCCGUUCCGUUGCAAUGUUUGUAAUUUGGCUUUUAAGAGGAAAGAUCAUUUAAGAAAACACGCUCUUAUUCACAGUGACAAAUGACCGUUCUGUCGCAACGAUUGUAAUUUAUGUUUUAAGAGGAAACAUGGUUUAAGAAUGCAUGUUCUAAUCCACGGUGACAAAAUACCGUUCCGUUGCAGUGAAUGUACUCUAUCUUUUAAGAGGGAAGAUGAUUUAAAAAAACACAUGUCUGUGCACAGUGAUGAAAAAUUGGUCCGUUGCAAUGUUUGUAAUUUGUCUUUUAAGAGGAAAGAUCAUUUAAGAAAACACGCUCUUAUUCACAGUGACAAAUGACCGUUCUGUUGCAACGAUUGUAAUUUAUGUUUUAAGAGGAAACAUAGUUUAAGAAUGCAUGUUCUAAUCCACAGUAGCGAAAAACCGUUCCGUUGCAAUGCUUGUAAUUCAUGUUUUAAGAGGGAACAUGAUUUUAAAACUUAUGUUCUAAUUCACAGUCGUGAAAGGCCGAUCCAUUGCAGUGAGUGCAGCUUAUGUUUUAAGAUGAAAAAUACAUAAAUGAAAUUCUCCCAAAUGCACGACGCAGAACCGUUUAGUUGCAAUCGCUGUAAUGGGUCAGUUGCGCUGGUCACAGAAUUGAGUUUUGGUGCUAGAUUCUAGUAGAUUGGCUAAAAAUAUUAAGAUCUGUCCAAACCGCAACUCUCUACGUUCAAUAUUAACCGAGAUAUCGCUCUCUGAAAAGUUUGGUUUCAGACGUUAUCCACCGCGGUAGUAACACCCUUGGUUUCUUCCGCCUCGCUUUCAUCCACGUUUCACGCAGAGUAACCAGUGCCAAUGUGUGUCACCCUGACUGAUAAAACCAAGGUGGAGGAAACCAAGGAUGUUACUACCGCGGUGGAAGACGUCGAAAACCUGACUUUUCAAAGGGCAGUAUCUCGAUUAAUAUUGAACGUAGACGGUUGCGGUUUAGACUGAUCGUAAUAUUUUUAGAUAAUCCACUAGAAUCAAGCAUCAAAACACUAUUCUGCGACCAGCGCAACUGACCCAUUUACAGUUUACUAUUAUCAAAUACGAGUAUAAAUUGGAAGGUCACAUGUACUGCGUUUUGCAAUGAGGAACUACAAUUCCUGGCUCAUUCGUAGAAACGCUUUUUUUAUAUAUAGGGAAACUGGACUCCAUUUUUCAAUUUGGAACUAUAAUUUCUGGCUCAUCU